AUGGAAGUGGUCCACAGUCCCGAAUCAAAAAGAUUUUCAACAGCCAUGGUGUUACAGCGACACUGGACAUUUUCAUUUAGCAACAACUCGCGAUUUGUGGGUCGUGUUUUGGUGUCGCACUACGCCUUUUCACAACGUUACGUACAGACUCUUUGUGAUAUGUUACUGAAAAUAGCAAGGAGGAAGUGGGAAUGCGUGACCCUGGAUUUGUACUCUGCAUGCGUUUGCAAUUGCCUUUUCCGAUCGGUUCUCUACAACUCAGCAGAGUUCUCCUUUAAUUUAACAACCAGUGACGGUUAAAUACGAAAGGGUGUUGGGGUUCGCUCUCAGUUACCACACACUGUUGCCCCACUCCGGGGGGGGGGGAGGGGGUACUCCCUAAAAUGGGCUUUAUGGGGAGGCGGAACUCCGCCCGAAAGGGGUAUCUUUUUUAGGUUAGGGAUCUCACUAAUUGAAGUAUACGAAAGGGUAGGGAAAUCUGUCAUCCGGGUCUCUGAAAGGGCCCAGAAGGGCUUACAGAUGAAUUGUAUGGCUUUAUAGACUCGAGAAAACGUUCUAUUUUUGCGAUUGAUUCCUAUUCCAAAGGCAGUGCAUUUACAGCAGUUAAAAGAGAUGCAAAGUUCUAAACAAGGUACGUGAAAGGGGUACCAUUUGUCAAUGGAAGGUAUACGAAAGAGGUUCUUUUUCGUGAAAAAUUGUAUAUAAAAGGAUAAGGGGUUGGACCUCGAGGCGUGUCCUCCCCUGAUAAACAUUUGUUGAGCACUCCCUGGGGCCCCACCAGCACUUGCCGUUGCCCAGUGCCCGAGCUUCGUUCCUAGGGCGUUUUACGGGAGUCUUUUCAUUAAGCAACGUAUUUUAACUGGGAGUGAGGCCUUUUCUCUUUUCCCUUUGUGUGCUACUGUAAACCUGAAGAAGGUUCGUAUGGCCAGCCGAAAUAUUGUUGCGAAAAAACAAUCACGUUCUCCCGCUCAGCUUUGCAGUCGUCUUUGGACUUCUCGUUUUUGGUACUCAGCUAGAGACGAUUAUUUGCCCUGAAAUUUGGGCAAAACUAUCGCCCAAGAAUGCAAAAACUCCACUUUCGGUUGACGUGCGUUGCCUAAAAAUGGUUUUGCUUUUUGAAGGGAACGUUCUGGAGACGUGGUUGUCUUUGCCUUCCUGCACCUAAUUCUGCUUUCAGUGAUCUCAACAUGCGCCGUGAUUCCCCCUGUACACUAUUUCUCUUUCAGUCACUAAGGCGUCUAAAAACGCACAAGUAAAUAUUUUCCUCUCUGAAGGUGAGGGGAGAGAGGAUUAUCAGUUGUAGCCGUAGUAAUGUUCAGUAUGCAGCACUGGAAAGUGAAAGUCAUUAGGGCUUUCCUUUUUUUUUGAGAAAUGUGAUGGCGUUGCACAUAUUGAUCCGCAUGCUGAGAACAGGAAAAAUAAUGACAACAGCAAAAACAUUUCCAUGUUCUAA